CUGAGAUCUACAGCCUCCACCCAGAAGACAUUUACCUGGUUCACGACGACCUGGACAAGGCCCUGGGCAAGGUGGCGAUCAAGCUGGGAGGCAGCGCGAGGGGACACAACGGGGUCCGAUCCUGCAUCAGUGCUCUGCACUCUAACGAGAUGACCCGGCUCAGGGUCGGCAUUGGACGGCCGGAGGGUGAAGUGACAGUGUCCAGCUACGUCCUGGCUCCGUUCAGUGCUGGGGAGCAGGAGAGGCUGGAGCAGGUCCUGGUCCAGGCAGCGACGUUCCUGCUGGAGCACAUUCUGCAGAGGAGAGCGCCCACGGGGGAGCCGGGGGACAGGGGCUGA